AUGGCAGAGGACACGAGCCACGCUGGAGGUAUUGGAACCACAGAGGAGGCAGCCCCUGACCAACAUGCAGGGAGGAGGAACUACUGGCCACCAGGCAGUGAGCAAGGAAUCCCCCAGUGUCCACAUCCCCAUCCCAGCAAGCUCCAAAGUCAGGGAGGCAGGCUGCUUUCUAGCCUGCUUGCCCUCAACAUUCUCUUCCUCGGUGGUGUCCUGGUCUGUGGAGGGGUUUUCAGUGAGGUGCCAGUGCACCAGGAGCAGGUUCUGGUCAUGCUCACCAUAAUGAUGGUCCUCGCUGGGGUCUGGAUGGGGUUCUAUAUGUUGUUCACAGCUCGGCAGAAGCAAGCCCUUCCCUACAAGGACUCCCAUGCAGCUCCAGUGUGGCUGAGAGCUGGACUACUGGUCCUUGGGGCCUGCACUCUCCUGCUCGACAUCUUCAGACUUGUCCGUGCUGCCGGAUCUGCUGGCUGUGAGCAUCCAAUUAAAAUCCUCUUCCCCUGUGCCGAGAUCAUGUUUGUGUUCACACAGUCGUACUUCCUCUGCGUCCAUUCCAAAGACUGUGCUCAGGUACAACAGGGCGCCACCAGGUGCGGGCUGACCAUGACCUUGGUCACUAACCUGAUGCUGUGGAUGUCUGCUGUAGCAGAAGAGUCUCUCCAUCACACCGGGGGACAAGGUGCAGACCAAAGUCAAGUGCUCACAGCUGCCGCAGCCGGUGACUGUCUGUGCUCCACCCAGCUCUGCCGCAUCGUCCAGACCGGCUCCUCCUACUUGUACCCCUUCAGCAUCGAGUACAGUCUGUUUGCCUGCAUGCUGUGUGGUGAGAUGUGGAGGAACGUGGGCCAGGUCACAGACCGUCAGCAGCACGCCAACGUGAAGCUGCGUCUGGGUGGGACGGCCCCAGGGCUGGUGCUCGGAGCGGCCCUGCUGCUGGCAGGUCUGGCCGUCUUUGUCAUCUACGAGGUGGAAGUGUCGGACAGAGCAACGAGGACCCGUGGCCUGCUCACCUAUUACACCUUUAACUGUGCCACCCUCUCUCUGAUGUGCAUCAGCUGCCUAGUUGGCUGUCUCGCCCACAGGCUGGGUGGAAGCAGUGGGAACCAUUCCACAGGUCCUGCCAGAAGUCUGGACGAGGGGCUGUUGGUGGCUGCGGCCCUGGGGCAGUAUCUCAUUUCCUACUUCAGUGCUGUGGCUCUAGUGUGGAGCCAGUGCAGUGAGCCGGUGAAUGUCCUCAACCUCCUCUCCUCCCUGCUCACCAUCGUUCAGCUUACGCUGCAGAACAUCUUCAUCCUCGGAAGCCUGCGGAGGCUGCCGGUCCUGGAGGGGAGUCGGCCGGGCGUUGGGAAUCCCCUUUCCGAUCCUCCGACACCUGCCAGUCCGGUGUACACCGUUUCAGGUGCCAGCAGAUCUUUUCCAGAGGCUGUGACGGAACGUUCCUUCCAGAGGAGUUCUCCCCACUCUCACAGGGACUCGGCUGGCAGUGUCAGUGUACCGGAGAGUGUGGCCAGCAGCCGGGAGAGCAGACAGUGUCCCCAGCCUGCCUCACCCCACACCCUCGAGCGCCAGCCCAGGAUUCUGAGGGUGAUCUCCUCCUUCUUACUCCUGUGCAAUGUCCUUCUUUGGGCCAUGUCUGCUUUUGGUGCUCGACCACAGUUUGCCAAUGGCAUUGAGGAGAAGUUCUACGGCUUCCAGAUGUGGGCUGCCAUCGUCAACUCCGGCCUCCCGGUGGGAAUAUUUUACAGGAUGCACUCAGCCGCCAGCCUCUUGGAGAUUUCCCUCACAUCCUGAAGUUCAA